UACCCACGUGGUGUCAUGGCGUUUGUUCCUGCUGGCUGUGAGGCUUUCACUGAUGAUGAUCAAUUCGAUGGAUUUGACUUUGGUGAUGAGCAAGGAUAUAAUUAUCAUGAAAAGGAUCCUUCAAAAGUAGCUCUAGAGUCUCCUCCAAAGGCUAACAACCGAGCUAACAGCACCAGUAUUGUUGAUAGUCCUUCUAUAACCAGUGUUCCUUCUACUAGUGUUGAAGAGUUGUUGGUCUGCAAUCCCACUGAAGAAAGAAUGAGGCUUGCUAUUGUCAGUGGGACCAGAUCAUCAGUAGAGGAAAUUCUUGAUACUGGUUUUGAUCCUAAUUCAGUUUUAAGUGGAGGAUGGACGGCACUCUUAUACUCAUGUGAUCAUGGUCAUUAUGAUAUCAUCAAACUAUUACUGGAGAAAGGAGCAAAUCCUAAUGCACAUAAAGAUAUGUUUUCUUGUCUUAUGGCAUUAUGUUGUUCCAAGAAUUCUAACCAAGACCAGCUCUCAAUGUGUGCAAAAUUGCUCAUUGAUAAAGGUGCUAGGAUUAAUACCCAUGACAGACAUCGUAUGACUCCAUUAAUACAUGCUUGUCAAUCUGGCCAUUACGGUAUUGUUAGUGUUCUCCUAUCUUAUAAUGCUGAUGUCAAUAGGCAGGACUUGUGGGGCUGGACACCUCUAUGUUAUGCUGCUUCACAAGACAGUGUUCCACUAGUUACUCUUCUUUUAGAAAAUGGUGCCGAUUCCAAAUUAUCAACCCAUCUUGGUGACACACCUGUUACUAUAGCACUAUCUAAAGGCUUCACUACUAUUGUUAGUGCUAUUGAAGGUGGAAAAACUCAGCAUCAUCAUAUGGAAUUAGCUGCGUAA